CUUCUUCUCGAAAAUAGAAAACCCAUAAACGAAAACCCACAAGGACGGACAUGUCGGGCCAAGGUGUUGUUGAGUUACGUAUCCAAGAAAAGCAUGUGGUGAUGGACAAUGGCAUACUGCAAGUCACUAUAUCAAAACCAGAUGGUAUGAUCACAGGGAUAUGUUACAACGGCAUCAAGAAUCUACUCGAAACUCACAACGAAGAAUCUCACCGAGGAUAUAGGCUGUUAACUUCGGUUGUCGAGAGUUGUGUAGAAACAGUACUCUCGUCCAUCUGGGAGACUCUAUCGUCGAUCUUGGACUGCACCAACUCCUCGAUCUACUGGACCCACUCAUCCACAUAUGUACCGUCCGAUCGGCAUAAACCUUGUCGUGGUAGCACUCCUCCCAAUAAAAAGCUUGCUGCAAUAAAAAUUUGAUGUUAAUAAAACAAUAAAUGAAAUUAAAAGAAUAGUUUGAAUUUGAAAACUUACUGCAAAUGCACAAAACCAACGCUCCAGAGUCGCUGGAGGGACACGAGUGAUACUGAGCCAAGGACCCUGAAAAUCACUCUGGAAGGUGCUCACGAUUGUCUGCCGCAUCUGGGGAUGACGACCGAACCUAUGCGAGUAUAUAAAUAUACUUAGUUAUAUAACUGUAAACGUUAAUAUAAAAAAUAGAAAUGAAUUGUUACAAUGUUCCUUACCAUAAAGUACCGUUGGUUCUGUCUGGACUAAGGUGCGGUCUCGUCGCACGACGAUCUUCGGAUGCGAGUAUUUCUCGGAGUGAUACUGAUGAAUCACGCGAACAACCUUC